AUGAAGCAUAAAGAUGGAAAACCGAUCAACCAGCCAAAUAAGAACCGGGUUGUGACUUUUACAGUCACCUUAAUUGCUCUCUGUGGUUUUUCUUUCUAUCUGGGAGGAAUCUUUUGUUCUGGGAAGGAUGGGGUUGUGGUCAAUACCAUUCAGAAGACCCUUGAUACUCCUAAGCAAACAUCAGGUUCUCUGCUGAUGAGACCCAUCAGUUUCCCUGAAUGUGGUUUGGAUUAUCAAGAUUUCACCCCAUGCACAGAUCCAAAGAGAUGGAGAAAAUAUGGCACCUACCGGCUUACUUUUUUAGAACGCCAUUGCCCUCCAAUUCUUGAGAGGAAAGAAUGCUUGGUUCCUCCACCAGAUGGAUACAAGCCUCCAAUCAGAUGGCCAAAGAGUAGAGAUGAGUGUUGGUACAGGAACGUGCCGUAUGACUGGAUCAACAAGGAGAAGUCUAACCAGCAUUGGUUGAUUAAGGAAGGGGAGAAAUUCUUGUUUCCCGGUGGGGGUACUAUGUUUCCCAAUGGUGUUGGUGAAUAUGUUGAUAUGAUGCAAGAGCUAAUCCCAGAAAUGAAAGAUGGGACAGUGAGAACUGCCAUUGAUACAGGAUGUGGGGUUGCUAGCUGGGGUGGUGAUUUGUUGGAUCGGGGGGUUCUAACAGUUUCUCUUGCCCCAAGAGAUAACCAUGAAGCUCAAGUUCAAUUUGCUCUAGAGCGGGGUAUCCCAGCUGUUCUUGGUGUCAUUUCUACACAGAGACUUCCUUUCCCAUCAAACUCCUUUGAUAUGGCUCAUUGCUCCAGAUGCCUUAUCCCAUGGACGGAAUUUGGUGGUAUUUAUCUCAUGGAAAUACACCGUAUUCUUCGUCCUGGAGGAUUUUGGGUUUUGUCUGGCCCACCUGUCAACUACGAGCACAGGUGGCGUGGAUGGAACACAACUGUUGCCGAGCAAAAAUCAGAUUAUGAUAAGUUGCAGAAUUUACUCACUUCCAUGUGCUUUACAUUGUACAAUAAAAAGGAUGAUAUUGCUGUGUGGCAGAAGGCUCGAGAUAACAGUUGCUAUGAUAAGCUUCCUAAAGAGUCCUACCCACCAAAGUGUGAUGACAGCCUUGAACCAGAUGCAGGAUGGUACACUCCACUUCGUGCUUGUUUUGUGGUUCCAGAUCCAAAAAAUAAGAAAUCUGUUCUCACAUACUUGCCUAAAUGGCCUGAACGGUUGCAUGCUACCCCUGAAAGGAUCACAACUGCUCAUGGUGCUAGUGGUAGUAUUAGUACUUUCCAUCAUGACGAUAGCAAGUGGAAAAAACGCAUUCAGCACUACAAGAAGUUGCUGCCUGAGCUUGGCACUGACAAAAUAAGAAAUGUGAUGGACAUGAAUACAGUAUAUGGAGCUUUUGCUGCAGCCUUGAUUAAUGAUCCCCUGUGGGUCAUGAAUGUGGUCUCAUCUUAUGGUCCCAACACACUGCCUGUGAUUUAUGAUCGAGGCCUUAUUGGAAUCUUCCAUGACUGGUGUGAGGCCUUUUCAACCUAUCCUCGAACCUAUGACCUCCUUCAUGUUGAUGGACUCUUCACUGCAGAAAGCCACAGAUGUGAAAUGAAGUAUAUGUUGUUGGAGAUGGACCGAGUUUUAAGACCUGGUGGACAUGCUCUCAUUCGAGAGUCCACUUAUUUUGUGGAUGCCAUUGCUACUAUUGGCAAGGGCAUGCGAUGGAUAUGUCGUAAAGAAAAAACUGAGUAUGGAGUUGACAAAGAGAAGAUUUUGAUAUGCCAGAAAAAGCUAUGGCAUUCAUCCAACAAAGGUUCAAGAUGA